UGGUAGACGCUGUGUGCGGGACGGUCGCUGUAGCGCAUUCCAAUGUGAGCAGAGAUGUAACCGCUGUGCGGACUUUAUGUUUCCCAGCCGUGUUCAGCCGCAAUUUCAAGGAAUAAAAUGUCCAACUUGAAGGAGGCCAGCACUUGUCCUGACGGCUACAGGGCUUUAAGCGCGAGUGAGCUGAGGGAGCUUUUACAAAACGACGACAAAAUGGACCAAAUCAUUCGCCUCAAUGAGAAGUUUCAGGAGCUCCAGUUUGACAGGGAGAUGCUGCUGACCUCUAACCGGAGUUUGGCCGAGGAGAGCCUCGCUCGGCGACCUCGCCUUAAUAACGGCAAGCUCCAACUGGCGGAGAAAUACCGGGAACUGUCCAACCUGGCAACCACAUGCUGGGAAAAACAGAGUCAGCUUGAGGCUCAUGUGCAGAAGCACAGCCUGCAGACGGCGCAGAACCUCCUGCAGGAAGAGGUGGCACGUGCAGAGGAGCAUUCAGAGGAGCUCCUGGAGAAGUUCAUGGGGGGAAACGUAAGCCUGGACGAGUUCUUGGACUCCUUUCAAAGCUCCAGGAAGACGUAUCACAUCCGCAGGGCUCAGGCAGAGAAGAUGCAAGAGCUCGCUCAGGCCGGGAAGCAGCAGGGGAAAACUAAGAGAGCGGAGGAGUGCAAAGCCCCGGCGGUAAAGGACUCGGAAAAGCUGCAGGAGCCUCAGCGGCCGAACGGCUUUUUAGCGCAGGGACCUCUUAGAGUGUUCCAAGUGCGCUAUGGCCUCACACCUGCCAUUCUACUCCCUCAUUACCCUGUUUCCCCGCCCGCCUCGGCGCCAUGCCUUCAAAGUAGCGCCCCCACCGCUGAGCCCCAGCUGGGGCAGGCCCACAUCCUCAGCCCCAGCGCCCCACUUCCAGGACACGGCCACGCGGUGGGCCUCAGGGUUAUCGGACAGCUAUCGGGAGGCUGGCCGGCUAACGGGCGGCCCGUGCGAGUGCAGCAGCUUUACAGGCCGAACCCUCAACAGCCCGAACCGCCGUACCGAUAAGCCGGAGGAGGAGGAGUAAGGGGAGGAUGAAAAGCCGAGAGGUCUUCCGAGACGUUGGAAGCAAACGGUGGCUGUCACAAUCAUGUAAGCAAAGACUGAUCGAGAGACGGGCAGCGCUGCAGACGUCCGUUUCUGUUCUCCAUCCAUGACACUCAAACGUAACACAUCGAGGGAAGGCGAGCAGAGGGAGCGAGGCAAGGGGGGGGCUGUGAUAGCUGGUAAACAAAUCUCUCAUUAAGCCUUUUUUUAUUAAAGAACAACAAAAGCAGAAAGAGGAGCCGGCUGCAGAUUCAGCUGGAGGAAAACUUGAUUUGAUGGGGGCUGAAAUGAAAACUUCGGCGUUUGUUCAAAGUUUUAGCUUCACACUCAAACAUUUUCAGGUUCUUAUCCAAAACUUCUCGUACUUUGAUUUUUUUGUGCCAAACUUUCUAACCCUGUGAGACAUAAGUAGCCUAACUCUGUUUUAAAGAAAAAACUAACAAUAAUUUGUUUUCUGGGUUUUUUUUAAGCGUGUUAGGUGGUAUAUUUGUUUUUCUCCCACCUGCUGGGAUAACAAUUUUCACAGGCCCUGACGACUUGGAGAUCGACCCAAGUCACUUGAGCUACUGCAAAAGUUUGCAAGAAAUCGCUAGAUUGAAAUCGGAGAGCCUAAAACAAUUAUAAAAAUUAACACUGCGCCAUCAACACAGCUGUGUUGAAAGGUGGAUGAUAGGUGCUUCUCCCCUUCACAGCCGCAGGAACGAGUCUUAAACCUGGAAAUGAGUUUGCACUUCCGGUUCUUCGUAGCUCAAAUUAAGGCCCGUGUUUUACGUGAGCUUUACACUUUCUCCUCGUUUUGUUCCACAACAUAAAAGAUGCCAGUAAAUAGUCCAUUCGUGGAUUCUGUGGAAGGGCACCAAACACCCAGCGAGCUUUAGCGGUGAUAGCGUGGUGUUAAAUCUUUUAUAGCCUAAGAUUAUGUUUCUCAAUAAAACAUGAACUUUUCUCUUUUACAAAUCUUAUUUUUCUGGCUUUUUUGGUUGUUGAGGCACAUACGGCGACAUGAACUUCCUGCUUGGCCUGCAAAUUAUGUCGUCUUUUCAACUUUCUGUAAAAGAAAUGUCUGAAAAAUGGAGCCAGCAGCAGAGCAGAGGGCGAUCGUGGAUAGAGACCUGCAGGAAGAACACGGGCACCGGUUAAAGUGUGAUAUUCGAUAUUUUAAACUCUGAUUCGGGCUGAAGCUUGCAAACAACACCAGUAAAACUACACAGGCAUACAGUCCAGUACAGUUUCAUGAAAGCUGUGUUAGCAUCAUGUUGUUAUAGUCUCGUAUUUACCUGCCAGACUUGUUCAAGUUCUGCUCAGAUGAGUGUUUUUAUCCCCAGUGAUCCGGGCCACUCGUGAAUUUCGCUUAUAAACAAACAUAUUUAUACGACAGGCCGUUCUCUCACCUCUGCAACGCGCCAGCGUGGAGUCGGUGCUGUUUUUUGCCUCGUUAAAUCACCCCGAGCGUUUUAGAGUCGCUGGUGAAGUACAGUAGCCUGCAGCUUUUAAUUAAAUGUGUCACAUACAUUUAAUUAAUAUUUCAUACUUUAUGCUGCUCGGCUCAUGUUUAUUUAAUCAAGCUUCCACUAAAAACAGCAGCUUUUCGUUACUGGAGAUCUGACACUUGAAACGCUAUCCAACCCCGUCCCUAGUGAGAGUUUUAACUGUUAUUUUAAUAUAUUUCAAAGAGAUCGAGGUGAAGCACAGAGUUGCGACGCACAUCUACAAGCCUUUGUAUGUAUGUCGUCGUUAAUUUGUACAGCCGAGGACAGACGGAGACGCUCCGUCACCGACGUGAACGAUGACAUCAAUAAAGUGGCGUUUAAUAUAAACUCUCGUCAUCCGUCGCCUCAUCGAAUAAAGCGACUUUCAUUCUUCGCGACCGCCGAGCAAAGUUUGAACAAAGGCGCAGCGCAGACCGGAGCAGGUGGUAUUUAUUAAUAAUUCCCAGACUUGAACCUCGCAGUGUUAUUUGCAGUGUCAUGUGUGUUAGAAUCACAGACGAUUACCCAAAGCCUUCUGCCUCACAUCAGUGAGCGAUUUAUUUAUUCAUGUAAAUCCUAUUUUAAAUGGCUGACUUCAAAGCUUCUUGUUUACCGUGCUAAAUGAGGAGCUGCUUCUCCUUUUCAAAGCAGCCCGCUGUUUUCAUUUUUGUUGUUGUUGUUUUUGUUUUUUUCCUCUCUCUCCGUCAAACUGAGCUGCAGAGUGAGGCAGACUUGAUCUCUAUGAGAAUGCGAGCCCUCAGUAAAAUGAGAGGAGGUUUCCUUCUUCAUUUUCUCAUCACGCCAUUUUGCAUCAUUUUUAAAGGAGGGAAAAGCUUUGCAUUGUAGUUGUAAUGACUCUGCUCUUCAACAUACAUUUCGCUGAUGAAUAACUCAUAAGUACGUGCUUACUAAAGCCUGACGAAGUACAUGAAAAUGCCUUUUUACAGCCCAGCGCCCAGUUACAUGCAGCGUGUCACAGUAUGGGAAGAGUCGUUAUAUACACUUUGCACUAGAAGUGUGAAUGGAUUCCAAGGCUCUGAAUUCUUUAACCUUCAAGUGACCGAGUGCUGUGUAUUUAUACAUGUGUGGGAAAACAAGUUCGUCCAUCUACUUCUGCAACUUUUCAUUGUUCUUUAUUGGAACUGGUGCUGCAAAGAUGAUGUAGAGUUCUGUUUUGCAAUGUUAUUUGUUAGAAUUUUUCACUUUUAAUCUCCACUUUUUUUUUUCUUCCUCUCUUUUUGUUGUGGCUACUACUAGUGACUUGCAUUUUUGUAAGUGGAUAAAAGUGAUUUAAAACCAUAAUUAUUAUUAAUUAUUAGAACAUUUCAUCACAGGUCAAGAAAACCCCACAAACUUGGACAGAGCCGUACAAAAUGUGUUCCCAUGUAGUUAAGAGCUUGGUUGCUUGAAGGUUAAAGGUUGUGUGUUUUGUUUUGUUUUUACAUCUUUUACAUUUAUUUUGUGUUUUUUUGCACAUCAUUUCUGUCCGCUAGCAUUCAGUUCAAAAAAGUCGACUCCUGAGAUCUGAAAACGGUUUUAUCUCACUACAGAGAAGCAGGAAUGUUGUGGUGUGUUUGGGGUAAACGCAAAGCAAAGUUUGCACCCUGUAGCGCUCAGAGAGGCGAAAAUACGUUCUUGUAUGUUUGUAACGGGCAUGCGAGCGAUUAAUCAACUAGAUGUGUAAGCGUCGCCACCCUUGCUGUACAACAGGAUUUGCCCGCUGGUUCUCGAGGGGCGUCCACCCAGGAAGCGACUAGCAGCAACGUCACUGCGACCAGAAAUCAUAGAAAGCCACUUAAACUUAGAGAUACCAGAUCAAAGCUUUUCUAGGCUUUGCAGUCAAGGCAAAUUGAAGCAAGUACCAAUAAGAGUAAAGGAUACUGUUGGUUGACAUGAGGAGGUGGUACAUGCAACCGGAGCCUGGACCGCACCCUUGCAAGCAGCCCUUCCUGUUUGAAGGCCCCUUAAAACUUAGCAGAUCUUUAUGAUGGUGAAAGUGUAAACAAGUGAGCCAGCGUCAGUUCUGCGGUACUUUAACCCUCAAAGAUGAGGACCGUAAUCUUAAACGCUGUCCAUUAAAGCAAAUUUUAACCCUAUUCGUUCGACCCCUCCCAUGUGUUCUCCUGAUGCCACAAGUGAUCAGAGAAGGAGGAAAAUCUAAUCGUUUGUGAGCAGCUGGAGAUUCUCUUUUAUAUAUACAGAAAAAAGGGAGGGAUCUGUAUCUGCUGCAGUCUGGAUAAAAGUAGUCGUCUUGCUUGCUGCUAGUGGCCACAUUGUCCACAUAAAAAAAAAUAAUUAAAAAGUGCUAAAGUGACUUCAUUCAUGAGGCAAAACCUCGCUUUGCACUUACUCUGAACACACCAUUAGACUCCAA